AUGAAUGCAGGUCAGGCUGCAGUUCGACCCUCACUAGGAUUCUCAGCACUCUCGUCAUGGAUCGUGUCAGACAAGGAUCAAGAACUGCUGGUUUUCCGAAGAUUCGGAGAAAUCAGUGCUCGAAAUCUCCUUUAUCUACAAUGCGAAUUGUUAAGCAUGGAAAGCAAGUUGAAAGCCUGGGAUAAGCAGGUUGAAGGUAGCAACGAUACCGCGUUGGAACAGGUUGCAGAAACAUGGGAAAUGAUGAUUGAACAGGCCGAGGCCGGGAAAACAGAAGCAAGGGACAUGUUGGAGCUUGUGAAACAGCUGCGCAUCAAAAUUGAAGAAUAUCAUGAAGCGCUAGAUCUACAGAGCAGGAUUUCUCUGCUCAACAGCCCUGACCAACGCGCCCUUAUAGUGGCUCGAAACGAACUCCAUGGAGGGCCUCUGCGAAGAGAUGGUCAAAAACCGAAUCCCAUAUUAGGAGGGAGAGGAAAGGAUUACCUGGACGAGGCAGAGGAUCUGAUCUCCCUUAAAGCUUCAGCAGCGGUCGACCCAUUAUCAAAAUUGCUACGGGCUUACUGGCCAGGUCGAGGGCGUUUUAUUAUCCUCAUGAGUACUGUCGUAGUUGACUGA